AUGUAUCUGACACUACCUGAUCCGCCGCCAUUCACCACUGCUGGUCUUACUGAAGUCUUUGAUUCGUAUUGGCAAGAUCAAGUAGAUCAUCAACUUGCUGCUGCUGCUGUUUCUGGUACCCAGACCCUCCUCCGUGCUUGUCGUCGUUCUGUAUCUCGUCCAGAUCCCAUUUUGUACCUACCAAUUGGUCGAUCUGCUCGAAGUCGCCUUGUUCGCUGGCGUCUUGGACGUUUCACAAACAUGCGUGAAGAGUGUCCGUGCGUGAUGGGUGAUUUUAUAUCUCGAAAUCACUUUCUGACAUGCCGUGCUCUGGAUCGAACACUUCUCGAUGCUCUGCCUGUGGCUCCUCCUGGUAUUCAUCGUAUAGACUAUGCCCUUAAUUGCUUACCUGUGAAAGCCUCUGAUGGUCCUCCAUCUUAUUGGUCUGCUUUGCUUGCUCUGCUUCAUGCCAUUGAUUGUUUAGUGCAUCCGCUGGCUGUCAUCCCUGCUGAUCUUGAUUCAGGGUUGUUAUGGUUCUCUGCUAGAUAG